CCGGGUAACGCCAUUUUCACGCACCGCGCAGUCAGUCAGUCAUCCAGCCAGUGGACCAGGGAGCUGUCAGCUUCACCGGCGACUCGUCAACUUUUAAUUCAACCCCAUGAAGCCGCCAUCAAGUUAGUUUUACGGACUGCCAUGGAACUUAAGGACAACAUGGUUUUCUGUAUUUAUGGCUCCGACUAAAGCCAGUGUUUUGACAGUUAGCCGGUUAGCUAUGUAGCUAGCUGGUCAUUAUAUAUUAACGGCGGUUGAUGCAGUGAAACCCAGAGGAACAUAUCCCAUUCGAAGACACUUUGGAUAUUGUGUUUUAAAAGUUACAUACUCUAUUUAUCGGCUGGAGUUGUACCUUUAAAGCAACACCAGUUUCAUUUAAAAAAUAAGUGAUUUGGACGUCAAAAAGGCGAGAUAAAUUGACGUUACAUUGAAGCUACUUUGGAAACGGAUGUCCCAGAGAACGAAUGCGUGAGGACAUGUCCACCAUGGUGUGCGUGAAGGAGGAGGAGGACCCUGGGGAGAAGCUUUCCCAGGAAGAGAUCAUCUCCCGGACCAAGCAGGUGAUCCAGGGGCUGGAGGCCCUGAAGCAGGAGCACCACUCCAUCCUGGACGGCCUGCUGGGCACGCUGCGCUGCCUGAAGCAGGAGGAGGAGGGCGUCCUGGUGGAGGAGAAGUCCCACAUGAUCCGCAAGUCCAUGGAGAUGCUGGAGCUGGGGCUGAGCGAGGCACAGGUUAUGAUGGCGCUGUCGAGCCACCUGAGCUCGGUGGAGUCGGAGAAGCAGAAGCUGCGGGCUCAGGUGCGCCGGCUCUGCCAGGAGAACCAGUGGCUGAGGGACGAGCUGGCCGGGACGCAGCAGAAACUGCAGAAGAGCGAGCAGAGCGUCGCACAGCUGGAGGAGGAGAAGAAGCACCUGGAGUUCAUGAACCAGCUGAAGAAGUACGACGAGGACUUGUCCCCAUCUGAUGAGAAGGACUCUGAUUCCAGUAAAGAGAAUCUGGAUGAUCUCUUCCCAGAUGACCACGACGACCAAGCUCCAGGCAUCCAGCCGUCUCAUGGCAGUGCUGCAGCAGCGGCUGCUCAGCAGGGGGGCUACGAGAUCCCGGCCCGCCUGAGGACCCUGCACAACCUGGUGAUCCAGUACGCCUCGCAGGGCCGCUACGAGGUGGCCGUGCCGCUCUGCAAACAGGCCCUGGAAGACCUGGAGAAGACCUCUGGACACGACCACCCAGACGUGGCCACCAUGCUCAACAUCCUCGCCCUUGUUUACAGGGAUCAGAACAAAUAUAAGGAGGCAGCCAACCUGCUGAAUGAUGCUCUGGCCAUCAGAGAGAAGACCCUCGGCCGGGACCAUCCAGCUGUCGCUGCCACACUUAAUAACCUGGCUGUCCUGUAUGGGAAGAGGGGGAAGUACAAGGAAGCAGAGCCCCUGUGCAAGAGGGCGCUGGAGAUCAGAGAAAAGGUGCUGGGGAAGGACCACCCGGAUGUGGCCAAGCAGCUGAACAACCUGGCCCUGCUGUGUCAGAACCAGGGCAAGUACGAGGAGGUGGAGUACUACUACAUGAGAGCGCUGGAGAUCUACCAGACCAAGCUGGGUCACGACGACCCCAACGUGGCCAAGACCAAGAACAACCUGGCGUCAUGUUACCUGAAGCAGGGCAAGUUCAAGCAAGCUGAGACGCUGUACAAAGAAAUCCUGACCCGCGCUCACGAGAGGGAGUUCGGCUCUGUUGAUGAUGAGAACAAACCAAUUUGGAUGCAUGCUGAGGAGAGAGAGGAACAAAGCAAGGGCAAGCAGAAGGACGGCUCACCUUUUGGGGAGUACGGAGGCUGGUACAAAGCCUGCAAAGUGGACAGCCCCACAGUGACGACCACCCUGAAGAACCUGGGCGCCCUCUACAGGCGGCAGGGCAAGUUCGAGGCGGCCGAGACCCUGGAGGAAGCUGCCAUGCGCUCCAGAAAGCAGGGUCUGGACACCGUGCAUAAGCAGCGCGUGGCGGAGGUCCUGAGCGAGCCCGAGGCCCGCGAGAAGCAGCGGAGCCGCGAGAGCUUGACCUCCGACACGGUGAAGUACGAGAGCGGGCCGGACGGUGGCGAGGAAGCAUAACUCCAGAUGCCUUGUAAUGGUUCUGAAUAAACUUGUCUUCUGCAUGACGGACGCCUCGCCUCCACGCUUCAGCUUUGCCGUUUUCUUCAGCUCUGACUCCCCUCCCCCCCCCCCCCCAUCUCUCUAUCUUAUUCUCCUCCCCCACCUCUGGGUGUCUUGACGGGGAUCCUUCACUAACCGGAGCUAUAAUGUUAAUAAACCCCUCUUUGUGCUGGGUUUUGUGGGAAAUGUGAGGCAGCUUGUGUGUCUAAAUCCAACGUUGUGCUUCCGUAUCUGUCUUGAAGCGUUGUAUUGGACUGUGUGUUUCUGCUGUGGGGGGGGAAGAGACCGGGGGGAUGUUUCUUUAUAUCAACACUAAACUCUUCUCAUGUUGUUCCUGCUGUCCUUUAUCUCUGCUUCCUCUCUUUCUGUCCCUCUCUGCUGUCUUUAAACGUUCACAUUGGCAGUAGACUCAUAGAUAGGCUGUUUGGGGUGAAUGUGUAAAGGAGAUCAACAGUACGCCCUUAAACCAAAUCUCUGCCUGCUACCUUGUUCUUUUAAAGCCCAACUCUCUCCAUGUUUCACCUGAACACCCAAACAACAAUUGCUAUGUUAUUUGAUUACUUGGAGCUUUAAACAAUGAGGCAACAUCUGAUACCAAAGCACCACAAGUGUGUAUAUAUUUCAACAUAUAAUAUAGUAACCUUUUAUGUGUAUUUACUGUGUCUUAGCCAUUGCUUCAUCAUAUCAUUAGUGACCUCCUGAGCAUCUGCUAGAGUGAUGUGAAAAAUGAAAGUAAUAUAGAACUUCAUUAGUCAAUGGACACAGAAGUGACGAAUCAUAUCAGUCAGUUGUCAAAAACUGCCAAAAAUGUGUUUAAUCUCUGAAAUGCGAGGAUUUGCCUCUGAAAUCUAUCAGUUGUUUCUGUCUUUAUUAAGAUAAAAACAAUACAUUGAUUAAUACAACAACAAAAUGGGAGAACGUAUAUCACUAAAAUAAGGAAUGGAUAGUAUAAACUUCACACCAUGUUAACGGCAACAUCCUCUUUAUGUCACUCUAAACAAAUACAACCUUUAUUCCAGGUUUGAAAUGGUCAGAGUUAUACUUUGAACACUAACUUCUCUCUCUCUCUCUUUCUCUUUCUCUUUCUCUUUCUCUUUCUCUUUCUCUUUCUCUUUCUAUCCGUGAAGUCUCUCAGUUUAACUCAGCAUUUACACCUAACCUUCAUUAGUGGUGACUCACAGCUCAGUGUGACUCUUAACAUGCUGUAAAUAACAUCAGCGUUUCUCGUCAGCAUGAUCGAGAAGAAGCACCGUGGAUUGUGGCUCUGUUAGAGUUUAGUCUUUAGUCUCUGCUGCGUGUCAUCUGUUCACAAUGAAAUCAGAAUAAACUAACGUUGAAAACUUAACAAGAGGACACGUUAAAAGGGAUAGGAUUCAUGCACGAUCUGAUUAACUUCAAUAGAAUAGAGGUUAUCUGAUAAAUGUGACAUUUCCCACUUAAUGUCAGUUUGUAGGGAAAUGAAAUGAAGCUUUUGUCCUGAACAUAGUGCAUCGCGCCUGUUACCUUCUGUAUAUCUCUGUAAAUACAUAUCAGCGUGGGCGCACUAAUAUUGCAUUUGUUUGAAAUCUGGGAAAUAAAAUAGUCUUCUUGUCUCUGUUUCUUUGCUCUGGCUAAUAACCUUUCUGCGUGUCCUUCCUGUCCUGUGUGCAUCUUACAGUUUGUCUUUCUUAACUUCUAAUAAAAUCUAAACUCUUUGCUCACCUGAAA